AUGACCCAGACCCUCCAUAAAAGGGAAGCCCCUCUUAACCUGGGCGGCGGCUGGGCAGCCUCUGCUCCGUUUCGCUCUUGGUCCUCCUGCCACCGAAGGCGCAGGGGCGCCCCGAUUUACAAGCGGCGGCAGCACUAUGGCCCCAAGGCUGAGUAUGAGCCCCAGAGGAAGCAGCCGAAGCCACGGUACGGCCCGGGCCCUUGGUUCCAACCACCCCAGAGUCCUUACUGGGGCAUGUACUCUAACUGGGGGUGCUGGGGCGGGCCCUGGUGCCCACCUCCAAUGGGAUACCGGAAGCCCCCCAGCCCUGGGCUAGUGGCCCGAAUGUAUGGCCUGCACCCCGUCUGCCUUUGCUGCUGCUUCUGCUGGCGUGGGCCCUGGAACCCCGGCUGGGCGAGGAGCCCAUCGGUGGAGGUGAGCCCCCUGUUGCAGCCGGUCGACCUGUAUGGGUGGCGGGCACCUGGCCUGCAGGCGCCACGCAACACCACCCAGUUCAUCAUGAACCAGAUCUACGAGGACAUGAGGCAGCAAGAGAAGCUGGAGCGCCAGCAGGAGGCGCUGCGGGCUCAGCAGGCCCAGGCAGGCGGAAACGAUGCGCCUCCCAGUGGUGGUGAGGAAGACGCAGAGAUGCAGGACACUUUGUAUGGCUUUGGGCAGAAUCCCUCUCUGGCCUUUAGUCCUGCCCCGGAGGAGGAGGAAGAGGAAAACCAUUCUCCGGCCCCACAGCUGGUGGAGGAAGAGGAAGAGGAGAAAGAUGAGGAGGAGUGUGAUGAGGAGGAGUGUGAUGAGGAGUGUGAUGGGAAGGACGAAGAGAGUGAGGAAGAGGAGAGUGAGGAGGAGGAGGAUGAAGAGGCAGAGGCCCAGGAUGAAGAGGAGGUGGAAGAGGCUGAAGAUGUGGAGGAGGUGGUGGAGGAGGAGGAAGCGGAGGAAAUAGAAGAGGAGGAGGAGGGGCUAGAGGAGGAGGAGCAGAGAGGGGAAGAGAAUCAUUUGCCUCUGGAAAUGCCCUUAUCAUUCCUGAUGGCCGAGGAAGAGAGAGCGAACUUUAUAGACUGUUCUCAUUUAAGCCCAGAACAGGUCAUUCCCAAAGUGUCACAGGAAGCUCUCCUCAUGCUACAGGACACUGACUGUUAG